UAGAAUCAGGCGCUCAUUAAAAAUACCAUAGUGUUUCAAAUGUUUUAGACGUAGAAACAUUAUAAAGGUUGAUCGUAUCGCUACACGUCGGAAGUGUGAUAAAAUCUUAUACAUAGAACCUAUGUUAAAUAUGGACAGUGAGAUUAUUUAUGAAGCUUUAGGUGAAGUUCUACCAAUGGAAAAGAAGAAGGGCAGUAAAGAGUCUUUUGACGAAGGAUUUGGAGCUCACGACGAGGAAAGUUUUUCAGAUCAACCACCAUUCAAUCAUUCCAUGACUGAUGAAGCUGUGGUGGAAAGUAUCUUUAAUUGCUGUGACAAGGCACAAACAGGAUAUGUUCGGGCUUCAGUCUUAGUUGAUUUCCUUUUAAAAUAUGCCUCUGAGAGCCAUGAAAUAAGAGAAACCUUUCAACACAUGCUGGUUGCACUUGACCCUUUUAAUAGUAAUCCAGAGGUUACAGUUGAAGAUUUUCAAUCUGCUCUCAAACUUUGUAUCAACAAAUUGACUUCUAAAACUGAAGACUCAUCAUUGAUGUUGGAUAUCAGUGCGUGUAAUAAUAACCUGCAGUCUACCCAGCAGCAUUCCAUUUCUUCCCCAUUCCGUGAAUCUGAUUCCAGGGAUUCAUCCUCUUCAGAGCUACAAUGUGCACUGGUUGAUGUAAAAGAGCUUCAAUUCCAGUAUAACCGUCUUCAAAAACAGAACACUUUGUUGCAAGAGCAAAUGGAUGCAGUGGAAGAAAGCAAUAUCUCUCUGAAAUCUGAGAAUUCUUUGUUGAAAAACAAAAUAAACAGAGUGGAACUAGCAGUGGCUGAAAUUGGUCAACAAUCUCAACUUUUGGAGGAAAACAACAGCCAACUUCAAGGCCGAGUAAAACAAAUGAAAGAUGAUUUACAAAAGAUGACAACGCAGUACGACGUGUGUCGAAGGGAACUCGAAGACAAAGUUCUAGAGUUAGAAACCAUGCAACUAAAUCGCACAAAAGGAGAAGAACGCUGUGAGCAGUUAAUUGAUGCUAUUCGACACCUUGAAGAAACAAUACGCGUGAAGGAGGAGGAAUUGGAAGUCAAGGAUAAGGAAAUUCAGCGCAUUUCACAGGAUUUAAUGGACCAUCAGUUGUUAUACGAUCCAGUGUUAUCUAAUGAGUUUGAUCGCGUUAAGGGACAAGAAGCUGGGGAAAAUCUAGCGGCGGAAUUGCAGUCGUCUUUAGGCGAUACCCCUUGGAAAAAACAGAUGGGGAGUGUUGCAAAACCCGAUUUCAUUCAUCCAGCUGCUUGGAAUAUCAUGCUCAACGAGCCAGAGUAUGAGGAUGAGCCAGUGAACAGGAGUUCUUCUUUCGGUGAUUUCCGAAGUACGAGCGCAGUAAAAGGAAAUGAAAUCUCCCAUCAACAAGCUGGGGUCACCCGCAGCCAGGCAAUAUCUAGCCUAGUUAACUUGGAAACACAAAAUAUCAACACCGAUCUCAACGAAUUUGUUCAUUCUACUCCCAUCAGUAAAAUUGCACCGGCAGGCCCCGUCAGUGGGAAUCGCGAACAACUGUCGGUCAAGAAGUCAAAGAUAUUGGAAGGGUUGGACGUUUUAAGAUGUUGUCUUCGAAUUCUCUUAUAUUGUGCUGCUGCAAUGGCUUUUCUCGUUCUGGCCAGUGUGCUUAUUUUAUUGCUUCUGCUGUCCAUGUCAUCAACAGCCACUUACGGCUGCGGUGGCGUAUCAACCAUGUAUCCACAACUGGGUUCCCCAUACUACCCUUCAGCUUUCGUAUCUAAGGUAUUCGAAAUUAUUAAACCAUACUGCAACAUUGAAUACCAUUCUGGUUGCCCUCCCGUCUAGAACUCGCCCUAUCCGCUUUUUCUUAGUCUUAACCUGCUAACCCUAUUUUUCCCAGCUCACUGUCACCAUUUUGUCUUCACGAUGAUUUAUGAUAGUUCUUCUCUUAAUCCUAUAUAAAUCGACUGUUUGAAAAACGUGAAUUUCGGUCAUAUAAACAAACGACACAGCUUUA